GCAUUGCUGUGGUAGUGAAGCCAGACUUCGGAGGUGGGGACAGGUGGCGAGAGAUGCUGGCGAGAGAGCCUACUAGAUAGAGCUUCUGUGAGCUGACAGGCACAACCGUACGAGACUUUGAGGCAGCCUAGACACAGCGAGAGAUUCAGGGAGCCAGGGCAAAGGAAUCUGCAGUGCCCUUCUUAACCGAACUAGGCAGAGACCCAACGCUGGGAGAGAGGCUGUAUCACAGGUUCAACACAAGUGCCAAAAUGCUGCUGGUUGCUGUCCUUUUGUUGUGUGGGACUGUUAGACACCUGGAAGCAACCUGCCCAGCAACUGGGAGCCACAAAGCUGCCCCAAGUCCUGAGCCAGAACUCCACGACUGUCCGUUAUAUUUGAAGAAUGCUUGCUGCACAGUGAACAUAAAAGAUAAGAUGACUACCUCACCAGAGGCUGAGUCCUGGAACCGAUGUGGACUGUUAAGUACAAAGUGCGAGCAAUUCUUCAAACAAUUAUCGUGUUUCUAUCGCUGCUCCCCAGAUGCUACAAUUUGGGCAAGCCCAAGUCAUUCCAAUUCCCUUCUGAAUGUACCUCUUUGUCAGGGCUUCUGUGACCAAUGGUACAAAGCAUGCGAGCAUGAUCAGACCUGCGUUAGGAACUGGAAUACAGAUUUAAAGUGGUCAAAUCGCACUCAGGGCACCUGCACCUCAGACUGUAUUCCUUUCAAUAAGAUGUACAAGGAUGGAAAAGAUCUGUGCGAGAGCACAUCUGGAGAUUCUUUCAAGGUCAGAUCCUGCAACUGCCUGAACUUGGACAAGAAUGAUGAGCAGGUGAUUAAAACCCUGAUGCAGGAGGACAGCACCAAGGCUGGUAUUAAUGGGGAGCUCCCUUGCAAAGAGAAGCGCAGCACUCUGAACCAGCUGAGACUCUCCAUCCGCAAACGCUCGCUCUUUGUGGAAGACAUUGACGGCAGUGGAAGUGGGUUCCCAACAAAUGAAUAGUUGAACUACAGUUGCUGUCACAUUUUUUGUUUUGCAUAGUUGCUGCUCUUGUUAAAAGAACCUACUCCUAGCUGUGAUCACAUUGAUAAAUACUCCAGAGCUAACACACAUUUCAUCUCCGCCCCCCCCCCCAACCCUCUGCUAUUCUCCAAUCUGGCAUGCAACUCAUCUACAUCUCCACGAAUGCCACCAAAUUUGCUUCUGAUAUGAGCCCAAUAUCAACCAAUGCACCACAGAUGAGAGUUCAGGGAAGGAAAAACAUCUCGUGUUCCCCUCUCUAUAUCCUCCCCACUCCACAUUUUCUUCGUCAGUUUUCCUUCUUAUAAUCUAGCCAAUUCAGGAUUAUGAUUACAACCCAAGUCAAAGUUCUAGCCUAACUACUGAGCUGCAAAUUUCAGGGGUGAAAAUGUGAUACAAUACCAUUUUGAGCCAUAAAGCUGAAAUAUCUGGUAUCUGAAUGUGGUGUCUUGUUUGCCAUUAGACUCCUAAGAUAUUUCACCCAUCAGUUUCAAGUUAACUCCAUGCUGAUCAUCAUCCGAAAUGUAACUAACACAAAAAUACAGAAGGGUGGGUGUAAACUUUAAAGAAAGCAAUUGUAGCAAGAGUCAAACAGGGAGGCUAUUCCAUCAGAAAAAUGGACAAACCUAAUGGGCCUUUCCCCAUUCACAAGUUCACAUUUUAACCCACUGAGCCAGUCUCCUAUAAAGAGAACAGAAAAUGCUGUAACACUCAGCAGGUCUGGCAGCAUCUGUGGAGAGAGAAACAGAGUUAAUGUUUCAAAUCCAUAUGACUUCUUCUGAGCUAAAGAGUUAGUCUCCUCCCCAGAACUUGGCAGUUUUCUCAAAGGCACACAACUUAAUCCAAGAGAGGUGACUUGCUUAAGGUAAAACUAGCAAGCAGAUAAAACUUCCGAAUUCCCUCCCUAACCCGUGAAGUACAGCUCCAGGAUAUUAACCCAACCUUACAACUAACUCUGACCUUCUCCAUUUACAGUUUGUAUAUCUCUGGGGCCGUUAUUUCAAGUGGAGUAUUUGAAUGUCUAAAUUGAUCUAAACCUUCAAUUCUGUGAGAACCAACUAAGUAGCUGUCCACAAGAGACUUAGCAAAGCAGAUUCUAUUCCAAACAGCUACCAUUCUUUUUGUUGGGGUUUGGUAAGAAAUCUCUGAUUAUUUUAGGGCUUGUUAAUAUUGUACUUCUGUUCUCUGGUUCCUUGUUUGCAAUCUAAGUUAAAAUAACAUGUCAACUUCCAUGCCUCACUCAUUUUGAAACUCUGAAUCACAUCUCCUUUGAAAUAAUUUCUCUAUUGAAAACCAACAGAAUAAAAUACAAAAUAUAUAAAAUUAAAGUAGAGAAUUCAUCUGACAGCAUGUAAGCACUUCAGGCAAAUUUCCUAGCAAAGCUGCAGUCUCCUUUACCUUUGGUCAGGGCUUGUAUUAAACAUUGAAUGAAUAUGAUAAGGGUAGAAAUAUUCUGGACAAUUCGGAAACUCAACCUGCACUACAGCCGCAAACCUUUAGAUGCUACAAUUCUGCAGUUCCAGUAUAAACCAUGUGGAAUUUACUUGCUCUGAUCCUAACUCCUGCCAAAAGGAAACAGGAGAAUUUACAUUUGGUGUUUUUAACAAUUACAAAUCACACCUUAUUUGGGUCACAGCCUAUUUCUGUUGGGUGGGGGGGUGGACUUGGGGAGGAAUAAGAUUCUAUAAGUUGCACUCUGUAUUUAAAAAAACAUAUAAAUAUCCAUGAAGAUAUAAUUUACUUGCUGGAUUUUACAAUUCAUGACCUUUUGACUUCCAAAAUAUGCAAAAUGACCACAUUCUUCUGUAAAUUUCUAGUGCUCAUUUUAUAAUAGAAUUAAAAGUAUGGAAUAACAAUGAAGCAUCAGUCACCAUAUUAAAAAAUGCAACUUUGUGAUAAUUUUCAGAAGUUAUGUGCGUGUUAAAAUAUCAUUGCAGCGCCUGGGGAUGGACAGCAAGUCUGUGCAUAUAGAAAUACAGGACUGGUGAUGUAAUGUUAUACAUUGCGUAACAAUUCACAAAGGUGCAGGUAACAGUUAGCCUGAGCUGAAUACUGUUAUGUUGCAUGAACAGAGAUUUCGCAUAAUGGGCGAGUGUGGUAUCAUUGAUAAGUCAUUUAUUAAUAAAAAAAAAACAUUGUCACGA